UUGGUCAAGAAUUAUUCAAUCUUUUUAAGUGGGGGUUGGGUUUGGGGUUGUGUUGUUUACCGUUUAUGGGUUUCUUACAGCAUCCAUGACAUACUGGUGCACCUCCCAUGCAUAAUACAAGUCAUUUUGUUGGAAAAAUUUGUAGUGUACUACCCAAGAGGAAAGCACUCAUUGUAAUAAAAAUGAACAGCAACCUCAAGAAGGAAAUGGAAUUAGGCAGUACGGAUCAGUCUCAGCAGAGAAAAGUCAUCCAUUUUUCUAGUGGAGAGACCCUGGAGGAGGAUGACAGUGAAGAAGAGACAGCUGAAGAACCACAUCAAUGUCCCUUUAAUAAGGCUGGCGGGGACAAUCUGUCAUGGAGACGGUAUGCUUGGUUUUGGGGAACACAAGUCAUGAUAAAGUCAUUGCAAACUUGCGAUUUUGUUGGGGGGAAAUUAGCUAGCUUACUUGGAUUAACUCUUGCAAAAUACCAGUAUGCUAUUGAUGAGUAUCAGCUUGUUCAAAAGGCUUUUAACUGACUGGCACCUGGACCAUCCACUCUAUAAAACAGGGAACUGCAACAAUGAUUUCACUUUACUAUCCUGUACUGGUAUGAUUCCAUAAAUCAAAUAUUAUCAAACUCUGAGUAACCUAUAGCGGUAGUAUAAAAGCAAAGCAAAGUAAAAAUGCAAGAUCACUGACAUCUGUUAAAAUGUAAUGCUUUUAUAAACAAUGUCAUCAUUCUUAUAAGACAAUGAACAAAAUUUAA